UGUGUAUGUGUGCGUGCGUGCGCGACCGCGUGUUGGUGGACUCCCAUCACAACCAAGAUGGCGGCGGAGCGGACAGCCGGUUCGGUUCGCUGACUGACAGAAGAGGCAGCGUUUCCUUCUGUUGGGCAGCUAGCGCUCAUACUUUGACAGAGAAAAUUUAUAAUAACUGUAACAUUGUUCAGCCAGCAUUGCACCUUUUUAGCACAGUAUGCAAGAGCACGGAUUGAGGACGGAGACCGACCCAAGUUGAGUGUGAGGAGGACCGAUUAACGUUCAUAAGCGGCUAGUUGGCGGGGAUGGGAAAUGAUGGAGGACAAAGGCCCACGUGUAGCCGACUACUUUGUGGUGGCCGGUCUGACGGACCCGUCCAAGCCAUUGGACCAGGAGAUCCACUUUGAUGACGUGUGCCACAAGACGGCCAAGCCGAAAGCACCCAUCACCGAUGUGACGGUGGUUAUCCGCUCACUGGGAGAGGAGGUGCCUCCGGGGUUUACAUGCAUCGAGACCACACCAAGUGGCCAAUCAGCCGAUCUGAACAAUGGUGGCCUUAUGGCACCACAGAUAUUCCUGUGCUACAGGCGAGGCCGUGACAAACCACCACUCACUGACUUGGGUGUGCUGUUUGAAUGGAAGGAGCGACUAAAGCAGGGAUGCUACCUCAUCCAGACCACCCCGUCUGGUCGUCCAGCCAACAUCAGCGGUAAUUCCUCCCAGCGGAUCUAUAUCACCUACCGCCGAGCGCCCGAGAGCCAACCCCACGCCUCCCUGGCCGUCACCGACAUCUGCAUCAUCAUCCCCAGCAAAGGCGAGACGUCCCCUCACACCUUCUGUAGGGUGGAGAAGAACCUCAACAGCAGCAUAUGGGGUUCCUCCGUUUACCUGUGCUACAAGAAGUCUGUGGCUAAAACCAAUGUAAUGGCCUAUAAAGCAGGGUUAUUCAGCAGAUACCCAGAGGAAGACUACGAAUCAUUUCCUCUUCCAGAGUCUGUCCCUCUCUUCUGCCUUCCCAUGGGGGCCGCGAUCGAGUGCUGGCCAGCAAACACCAAAUACUCCCUGCCUGUUUUUUCCACCUUUGUCUUCACUGGGGCCUCUGGGGAGAAGGUUUAUGGUGCUGCCAUCCAGUUCUAUGAGCCAUACCCACUGGAGUGCCUGACCGAUCAACAGCUCUCCCAACUGGGUCUCCUCAGUCCAGAACACAGACUGUCUCCCAUCACCUCCAUGACCGAUGACACCAACAGCUCCAACACACAUUCGGUCUACACCAACAAGUGUAUCUGUCUGCUCUCUCACUGGCCCUUCUUUGAUGCUUUCCGCAAGUUCCUCACAUUCCUCUAUCGCUACUCCAUCUCAGGCCCCCAUGCCCUGCCCAUCGAGAAGCACAUCUCCCACUUUAUGCACAAAGUCCCCUUCCCUUCCUCCCAGAGACCUCGCAUAUUGGUGCAGCUUUCACCACAUGACAGCCUGAUGUUGAGCCAGCCAGUGAGUUCUCCUUUACCCCUCAGUGGCGGAAGAUUUUCUACUCUGCUCCAGAACCUCGGACCCGAAAAUGCCGUCACCUUACUCGUGUUUGCUGUCACAGAACAUAAGAUCCUGGUCCACUCGUUACGUCCAGCGGUGCUGACCAGCGUUGCUGAGGCCUUGGUGUCGAUGAUCUUCCCAUUCCACUGGCCAUGUCCGUACAUCCCUCUUUGCCCCCUGGCAUUAGCUGAUGUGCUGAGCGCUCCCUGUCCUUUUAUUGUUGGCGUGGACUCGCGAUACUUUGACCUUUAUGACCCUCCACCGGAUGUGAGCUGUGUAGAUCUGGACACAAACUCCAUCUUUCACAAUGACGAUAAGCGAGCUCUCACAUGGAAGAUCCUGCCAAAGAAAGCCUGUAAAAACCUGAUGAAUGUACUGAGUAAUCUCCACCGGCAGCUGGUUGAUGGUCAGUAUCGGUCCGAUGAGCUUCUGGAGCUGAGCAUGAGCGAUUCACAAGAGCUGAGCUGUGGGAGGAGCCUCCACACUGUGGAGCUGGAGAUCCAGGAAGCCUUCCUGCGCUUCAUGGCAGCUAUUUUAAAGGGCUACCGCUCCUUUCUGAGGCCCAUCACUCAAGCACCUUCGGAGAAAGCCACAGACGCUAGCUCACUAUUUGACUUGCAAGGAUUCCUAAAGAGCCGAGAUCGCUCACACCAGAAGUUUUACACUCUAAUGACCAAGACCCAAAUGUUCAUCCGCUUCAUUGAGGAAUGCUCUUUUGUUAGUGACAAAGACACCAGCCUGGCUUUCUUUGAUGACUGUGUGGACAAGCUUUAUAAUUCAGAGCGAAGUGCAGAGAAAGGAAGCAAGGUGGACGGAGACAAGACAGAGGAGGCCAGGCUGAUAGAGAUUGAUGAAUCCCAGCGCAGUGAGCACACAGUCUUCAUCACUCCUCCAGAACUGCCUCCUCUGCCUGAUGGGGAGGAGCAUCCGCUGUGCUACAGGUAUGAUGGCUUCCCCGUGUUGAGUCUUGACCUGUUUGACCCUGUGGAGGGUCUGCGAACACCAUCCUCUCGCCUUGCUGCCAGGCACAGCUGCCCCACCAGCCCAGCCCCCAUGUUUAGACGCACCAAACAGGAAAUAAAAUCAGCCCAGAAGAUUGCCAAGAAGUACUCAUCCAUCCCUCAGAUGUGGUCCAAGUGUUUGCUCCGUCACUGUUAUGGCUUGUGGUUCAUCUGUCUGCCGGCCUACGUCAAGGUGUGCCACUCCAAGGUGCGGGCGCUUCGCACCGCCUACGACGUCCUCAGGAAGAUGCAGACUAAGAAGUUGCAGCCCCCUGAUGAGGUGUGCUACCGGGUUCUGAUGCAGCUGUGUGGGCAGUAUGGCCAGCCCGUCCUGGCUGUCAGGGUUCUGUUUGAGAUGAAGAAGGCCGGUGUUCAUCCCAAUGCUAUCACCUAUGGCUACUACAACAAGGCAGUUUUGGAGAGCACGUGGCCUUCCAGCACUAGAGGAGGAUACUUCCUGUGGAUGAAGCUGAGAAAUGUCAUUCUGGGAGUGGCACAGUUCAAACAGGCUCUACGACGACAUGGGCACUUCACCCAGGGCCCCUUUUCAGAUGGCAGUGACUUGGACGCUGUGAGUCACAGCAGCAUGGAUAGUUCUGCUGACACUAACGUGGCCGAGCAAGGCCCCUUCACCUCUGACCCCGUCAAAGUAGACCCCACUGAUGAUAGAUCUAGCACAGUCGGCCACGGUGGCGGCAGCGUGGGUGCCCGGCCCGGGGCAGCCCACUCAUGCUGGGUGGGCUCUGAGCUCAGAGAAGCCACUCUCUUCCCAGGAGAUCAGUCGGAUUUGGGUUACAACUCCAUGUCCAAAGAGGAAGUUAGGAGGGGAGAGCCCACCUCCCAGGACUCGGCCCCCGACAGAGAUGAGAAGAAAGAGAGCGACUGCAGCUCCCUGUCAGAGACAGAGAGUGCAAAAGGAAGUAAGGACUGCCUUCCUCAGCUGGACCUGGAGAUCAGUUCCUCCUUCAAACCUCGAGGGAUUGUUCGCAGCAGUUACCCCUAUGAGGACUCUUCCUGUAAACCUAAGACCUCCGCCAGCUCAGGCCACAUUGCAGGGCUGCUCUUCACCUCCUCUCUGGAGGAGAUCGGGGAGGUUCACACGCACAGUUUGCUCAGGAAACACAAGAGUGUUCUGGAGGAGGUGGUGGGAAGCACCGGUAGUGGCUCCGCUUUAGAUUGGCAGGGCGUGAAAGCCCGCAGGUUGAGCGGGGACACAGUGGGCAGCAGCGGCAGCAGCACCACUGUCCUCAGCCUCGGUAUGGGCCAGGCUGAAACCGAUCCAGGGAAGAUCGCAGGACACUUGGGCGCUGAUGCCAAAAUAUUUUCUAGUGCUAAUUACUGCAACAGUAAGAGGUUCCAUUCGCAGGUUGUUGCUAAAGUGGGGAAUUCCAGAGGUUGUGAGGAGGAAGAGGAGGGGCAGGACUCCAGUGAUGAAGACAGGAGUCAAACUGAAACCAUCUUUGAUUUUGAGGACUUGGAAAUAGACAAGCCUGCCACAGGGGUCAACUCUCACAUCAGACUUCACAAGAAAGCUGUUGAACGCAGCUCCAGCUAUGGAGCCGUGAGCACUGUGAUAGCCAAAGGAACAGUCAAACGCACCGGGAUCCAAACUGGGUUUGACCCCUUGUCCCUUCUGGCUGCAGAGACCAGACGGCAGGACAUGGAUGGGUUUGCUGCGGACGAUGUCAGCACUCCGAGCUCCGGCAGGAACUUGGCCAGAGAAAUCGAGCUCUACAUGAACCACUUGGACACACCGCUAAGCAGCCGCACACCCAGCUCAGAUCUGCAGGAUCCGAGCAGCCCCCUCCUCCUCUACCCCUCCUCCAACUCUGCCCUCCGCAGGUCCAGCCUGCCCCAUAGCUCCCCCCUGAAGAUGGCAGGAGUACCACGCUCAUGCACAUUCCACCAAACUUCACCCUCUCAGCCCAUCUCCCGCCAGCGCCUGAGGUCGUCAACUUCCUGUCAGAGCUCCAGCACCAGUCCCAGCCUCAGCCCUCGACCCAGUCCCUUCAGGGAGCGGGUCGAUAGAGCCAGCCUGGCGUCACCUUCACCAUCCUCCUCCUCCUUUGCUAUGGACACUCUGCUCACACCAACUCUAGAUGUGUUCAAAACCAGCAUGUUCUCUGCUGGGAAGGGCGUGGCUGAGAAGGCAAGCCGCUGGUAUUCACGCCUGGCCAUGUACACCACGCCCACCAAGGACAGUCACGGUGACCGUCUCAGUGUGUCCUCCCUUGGUGCUGGAGACCCAGACUGCUCCUCCCUAUUGGAUGAAGAUGACUGUUCAGAGUUGGAGUGCUCAGUGAUUUCUCCACAGAAAAAUGGCCUGUCUGGCCUCCGGGGGCACCACAGGAGUCCCAGACAGAGCCCCGUUCACAGCAGGGUGGAGAGUCCCACAGCGAGCUGCAGCUUCAGGAGGCCCUCCUCUCUUCUCGCUGGGCCUACCCUCUCUCUUUCCAGGUUCCAGCUGCCAGACAAAUCAGACCUCGGCUCUUCUCGCUACACCAGCAACACCAGCAUCUUUAGCAACUACGCCAUGGAGCUGCUGAUCUCCAGCUGUUCUCGGUGUAAAACAUGUGACUGUUUGGUGUAUGAUGAGGAGAUCAUGGCUGGCUGGACAGCUGACGACUCCAACCUGAACACCACCUGCCCCUUCUGUGGAAAUCCUUUUCUGCCCUUCCUGAACGUGGAGAUCCGGGACAUGCGAGGACCUGGAAGGCUUUUCCUGAAGGGCAGCCCGUCUGUGGAGGACACCAUGACAUCAUCGUACUCUGCCUCUACUGGUUUGGACACAAGGAUGUCUACUUUGUCAACGCCAUGUCCCACCACAGCCGUAUUCCCUCCAUCCCCUGCAGUGGAGGAGUGCUCAGGGAGAACUCGGCAAAUUAGACCUCAAGGUAUCGACAUCCCCACAGACCGGAGAGGAGCGCUGUCAUCUGGAGGAGCCAUGACCCGUAGCGUCAGUGCCUUCGGUCCUCUGGAGGAUACGUGUCAGUUCAACUGCUGCCUGCCGAUGUCUGGCAGCCUGCCGAGUCGUCUGAAUGAAACCACGGACCCUCUGAGCAUGGAAUGGCGGCUCCACAACCCUGAGCCAGUGACAGUUCCUUACCUGAGCCCGCUGGUGCUGUGGAAGGAGCUGGAGAGUCUGCUGGAGAACGAGGGCGACCCGGUGAUCAGUGAGGCAAACAUGGUGGACCAUCAUCCCAUCAUCUACUGGAACCUGGUCUGGUACUUCAGACGAUUGGACCUGCCCAGCAACCUGCCGGGUCUCAUCCUCUCAUCAGAGCACUGCAACAGAGACUCUCAGGUCCCACGCCACUGGAUGUCUGAGGACAGCAAACACGUGCUGAUCCAGAUCCUGUGGGACAACCUGAAGCUGCACCAGGACCCCGUUCAGCCCCUGUACAUCCUCUGGAACACACACAACGUGGGUUACCCCGUGUCCCGGCUUAUCCCAGAGGAGGAGAAGCCAUUCAGCGAGGAUCUGCUGCAGAGCGUGGUGAAGAACAUCCAGAGGAACGACGUCAGCCGGCCAAUGGCUCAGCUGCUGCAGCUCCUCGACAGAGCACUCGGGGUCAAGAGGCAAAGGAGUUUGUACCGGGACAUCCUCUUCCUCUCCCUGGUGGCUCUGGGAAAAGAUAACAUCGACAUUGACGCCUUUGAUCGUGAGUACAAGCUGGCAUACGACCGCCUGACGCCGCCCCUGGUGAAGCUGACCCAUAACUGUGAUCGUCCUCCGAGCACGGGCGUCAUGGAGUGUCGCCGGACGUUUGGAGAGCCUUACCUGUAAACACAGACCUCCAUCGUCUCUCAUCCCCGCUUUUGGUCCAGCUCAGGAAACCCGCUGAGGGACUGUGAAUGUGCUCAGAGGAGCCGGCAGUGGCUUUAAUGUAGCUACACGCUUCUUCAUAGCUGUGUGACGACAGAGACCUGCAGCGUCCACCUGGUCUCUGCUGAGGGGCUGUGAAAAUCAGACACAUUUCCUGAAAAUAAAACACAGCAGAAGGGUUUUUAAAUGAAGACUUCAUCACAUGAAGACUGAUUUUAGCAAUAUUUUAAUCCAAACUUUUAUUUAUACAAAGUCAGCUUUAUUUAUUGCUGUUUGUUGUUCUGCCAUCUGUUGGUAUCAGAAGCUCAGCGCUCAGAGAGAACAGGCCAGGGAGGUUUUCAGAAGCUCUGCAGAUUAUGGAUUUAUACCAAAUAUUGACCCAUGUGAGGAGUCACUGGCUCUUUUUUAGCUGCUUUUGAAUUCUGACGUGUAAAGUUAAAUGUUCUGUGUAGUAAUUUGGCUUUAGUAGACUGUUUACAGCAAAAACAUCAAGACUUCUCUCAUAAUUAGCUGAGCUAAUAAAGUUUAAGUCCCAUUAGUCAUCAUCACACAUUUGACCCAUCCCCUGGAGGAGCAGUGAGCUGCAGACACGGUUACACUCGGGAGCUUUUUGGUGGUUUAACCCCCUAAUCCAACUCCUUGAAGCGGAGUGUCAAGCAGGAAGGUACUGGGUCUCAUUUUCAAAGUCUUUGGUAUGACCUGAUUUGGAUCUGAGUCUCGACCGGACCUCCCAGUCCCAGGGCAUACCGCUAGACCACUGAGCUGGUAUUGGACAUUACUGGAAUCUUAUCAAUAUUUCUAAAUAUAAAAGAAAACCUGUAGAUUGAUGCUAAAUUAAUGGGAUGUUGUUUAAAAUUGUAUUAUAUAAACUAAUGGGUUUUGUUCCCAGAGCCAGUGAAAACUAAACAUUAAUUGGCUGGUCUGUCUUUGAUGGUGACAUCAUAAUGUUGUCAUAAUUAUGACGUUCUUCAAAUCCAGCAUCAGUAUUAUUGUUCUUUGUCUGCGUAGCGUUUUAAUGACGAGUCGUUAAACUCCAUUUGUGGGUUUUGUGUUGCAUACACAAACAUUUCCAGAUAAAGCCCGUUUCUCUGUGAGCGGUGACUGUUGGAGACACAAAAUUUAUAAAACAAUACAAAGCAGCUGGUAUUUGUAUGUUGACACUGCUGAUAAAUUGCAACAUUUGUGCAAAUUACGGUAAUUCAUUAAUCUGUUGCCUUCAGGUGGUCAGAUUCUUUUUUUUAAUGUCUCCAGAGUCACAGCGUGAACUCAGACUGGUUCCUGUCUCCAUCAAAGCACAGACAUGUGGGUGAUUCCAAACUUAUCUGGAGACUCACAGGGAGUUUCACGUUUGUUUUCUGCUGUUUACAUCAGCGUGACCUUUGAACUCCAGGUUUCCUACCAAACUAAAACCACUUUUAAAAAGAUCACUCUCUUUGUUGGGAACAAACCAUCAAACUCAGCAUCAUAUGAAGACACCUGAGGCACUUUUCUGCAAGUAUGUUUUUAUAUUCCAGUCUUCGUGGUUCCAACUGGAAAUCUUGACUUAAUGCAGCUGAUCGUUUUAUUCGUGAAACAACUUGAAUCUCAUUCUUUCUGUUUUUGCAUCUGAUUGGUCAACCUGAGAGGUUAGAGGUUCGAGCACAUCAAUGGUUCAUAAAUUAUUCUGAAAUGAUAUUAACAUCCAAUAACUCAGUCCAGGAUUUUGUGCUCCAUCCAAACCAAACAGCUGCUGAAAAAUCCUUAGUGACAGCGACGUACAGAAACAUGAACAGGACAACAAAAUGUGUCUGAAAAUUGUUUUGUUAAAGGCACUUUAUAGGGGAACUAGUUUGUUGUUUUCAUCCUCUUAGCUUAUCCUUCAGACUAGGGCUGGGCAAUAAAUAAAAAAUGUAUCAUUAUCGAAAUUUCUGACUCUUAUCGAGAUAAUGUUUUCCAUGUUAAUAAGUUUGAUAAUAAAAAAUGAAAAGAUGUGUGUAGGUUGGCAGCAUUCAUGUCCCUUUAAGAAGCUGUACCACCUUGAGUCAGGUAAAAAUGUGACUCAAUGUGAUACAUGUGACAGCCCCAUCUAGGGGACACGUUUUGUUUCUGCACAUACCUGUAGUUAUCGUCCAUUUAUCGUUAUCGAGGUGAAAUCCUCAAUAUAUCGUGAUAUUGAUUUUAGGUCUUACCGCCCAGCCCUACCUCAGACUGAAGACAAGACUCUAUAAGGCAAAUCUCAAAAUCUCAGAUUUAAGACUUUUGAUGCAAAAGAUCAAAUAUUUUAGGAAAAACUUUCAUGUUUGUUAUCAUUUGUGAAAUUUUUACUGACUUUUUAAAUUUUCAUUUGACUUUCAAUGAAUUUUUGUCACCAAAGAUCCAACAGUGAAUAUUUAUGUGUGCGUGUGUAUGUGUGUGUAUGUGUGUGUAUGUGUGUGUGUGUGUGUGUGUGUGUGUGUGUGUGUGUGUGUGUGUGUGUGUGUGUGUGUGUGUGUGUGAUCUCAAAAAGAGACAGCAGACCAAAAUCUCCUUUGUUUUUUCAUCACAAAAAGUGAACUGUUGCCUGACAGACUGCAUCGUCACGAUAUAAAAACACCUGAAGACGCACCAGACAGAGGUACAAAGUUUUUAGUUUAUGAAAAGUUUACCUGUGUGUGUUUUAAAGUCACGGUGCAUGUGGUAUUGUUUAAAUGAACAUGUCUGUCCUGAGCUUUAAAAGACCGAAAGAGACUGUGUGCAGAUUGGGGUCAUCAGUGUUACCACAAAGACUCUUUCUCCUGGUGUAUGAUACCAGCUGCAGACUACGCUCUGAGAUAAGUGUGCUGACUCUGUUGAAUAGGAAUCCCGUGGUUUGCAGCUGGAGAAACUAAAACUGGAAAGGUUGUCACUUAAAACAGAAACUUUCAGGGCAGAUGGACUUCAGCAGCUUAAAAAGCUGCCAGGAACCGUUGUUGAAGUGGUUUUGGAGAACCAGGGCCAUGAUGUUUUAAUUCUCUUCGUAAAAACUCACAUUUUAUAGCUUUUUCGCACAUGUGCAAAAGUCUGUUAAGGACUGUAACUGUAAAUAAAGCCAUUUAACAUUCA